AUGACUGAGCUGGAUGAAUUCCGAGCACUUGCAUUAGCUUCGCCAACAGCUGCUCAACUAUCUCAAAAAGCCCAGCAAUUUAGGGAUCCUAAUGAGGCGUUUCUUGAGUGCUGUAUGGAUCGUAAGCUGCCAGAUGCCUGUCUCAACAAAUGUAACUUCAGGCACUUUACCAAAGAAUCUAUAACCGCUAUGUACUUCGGACUAAAUGGUUGCCCAUUGAAAGCCAUGAAAGAAUUGCAAUUCUGCGCAGCUCAAGGUCGAGAUCAUCGUUCAUGUUGCCUCAGGAAUGGUGUUACUACUACUUUGGCUGGUCAGAAAUGCCUUACUUUUUGUGAUCAAAGACCUGGCAAAAUAACACAAUUGGAUAUCUCGUUCAUUCCUUGCUUCGAUCGUUUUCCAAAUAUGAAAGCUUGUUUUUGGCAAGAUAUUAUUAGAUAUUUUCGAUGA